UGGGAACCUACUAGCCACCAAGCUCAACGCCAUCAACGCCCCUGCGUGCACGAGAACACGCGCGGCGACGAGGUCAGUCUCAUCGACACCACCGGCAAUGGCGGCGGGCAGGCAAGCACCGGCGGCGGCGGAGAACGUGGACCCCGUCUACGAGUGGCUCGACGACGGCGACAGCUACCUCCUCCGCCUAAACCUCCCAGAGUUCAAGAAGGAGGACUUCCGGGUGCAUGUGGACGGCGAGGGCCGGCUCACCAUCAUCGGCCAGCGCAGGCCCGCGCCCGGCGCCGGUGGCGAGGCCAAGGCGAUGCGGCUCCACAAGGCGUUCCAGCUGCCCAACACGGUCAACCUCGACGCCGUCUCCGGCCGAUUCGAUGGCACCGUGCUCACGGUCAGAGUGCCCAAGCUGCAGCAAGGGCAAGGCGGGGAGGAGCAAGUCGCCGACGGUGGUAAGCCUCCAGCUGAUCAGGAGGACAAGGCGGGGAGGGCGAGCUUGACGGGGAGAGGCAAAGAGGAAGACGACAAGGCCAAGCCCGUGGCGCCGCCACCCCCGUCGCAGCAGCAGCAGCAGCAGCAGCAACCGAGGGAGGAGAAGGUGGCGAGGGGCGGAGACCAUCGAGACGAUCAGGACGAGAAGGCGAGGGCCGAGCACGGGGAGAAGGUCGCCCGCGAGGCCGCGCGCAGGGUCGAGGCGGCGCGGGCGAGGGUGGCGGAGGCCAAGGCGAAGGCGGAGCAGGAGAGGCAGCGCGAGCACUGGAAAGAGCGCGCGGUGGAGGAGGGGCUCAAGCUGGCGGACGCGGUCAGCAAGAACAAGGAGGUGAUCGCCGCGGCCGUCGCCGCCUUCACGCUCGUCGUCUUCGUCUCCCACAAGCUCUUCUCCAGGAGUUGAUCGAUCAAGCCAUCCGUCCAUGAAUGGAUGAUCGAACGACGAGAAAUCACUCUCAAGGCUUCAAGCCUUAUUCGUGCACGUUCACACGAUUGAUCACGCCAUGGAUGUAUAUAUAUACAGAGAUGAAAAAUGUGUGCGUAGCAUGGUCGUACAUACAUACGUGUAAACGUGACAAGGCGACAUGUUGCAUGUGCUGCUGAUCGGCCAACUAAUGUGCGAGUUUUCACUGAAAACUGUUCCAACGGGCACUCGGUUUGUCCAUCUUA